AUACACCGUUUUAUUCGGUUUAAAGCUCUCCCAUCGAACGGUCGUGCCUCUGUGCCUUGCUCUCCGGUCUGUCGCCCGUCCAUUGAUCGCUCGCCCCGUUCGCCGCCAGGUAUCGGACCCGACUCGAGUCGUUUCAUUCGGGCAACUCCAGUGUCGUACGCAAAGCGCACACGCAAAAAAGUCACCCUCCCCUUCCUCGGUCUGCCGACACGAUCAGCGUUUGUAGCUCUGCUCUGCUCAGCGCAGCCCGAACCGAGAGGAUCGCCUGUAUGCAUGUCUUAUAGAUAAGACAUCCAGCAACAAAUUAGAAGGAAGGAAGGAAGGAAGACUCACUGCCAUACCCCCAUCCACCAGCCCAAAAUAGCCACAGAAAUGGAGCGCUCGUCAGCUCUGUCCGCCCUGAUGGCCCUGCUCCUCUUUGUAGCAGCGGCAGCCACGCCGACACCUGCCGCCCACUGCCCCGAGGACUGCAUCUGCACGCAGUCCCAGCACACCCACAAGCCUCUGUACCAUCUCAAGUGCAACAGCACCAAGGGCCUUCUGCUGACCGAGGAGCCAAUCCACACGUCGAUACCAAUGCAUUCCAUCGACCUGUCCUACCUGGGAUUGACUCGCUUCGGCCACGUGCUGGACAAGCUGCCGGACCUCACGUCCGUCGAUCUGUCCCACAACGAACUUCACGAGCUCGGCCACCUGAGCAAGCGCAUCAAGAAGCUCAACCUGAAGCAUAACCGCCUGACCUCCGCCAAGCUGGUGAAGCUGCCACAACACCUGCAGGUCCUGAACCUGCAGCACAACGACAUCACUAACUUGCCCCUCGAAAUCACCCACCUGCAGCACCUGCAGCAGCUGGAGAUCGGCCACAAUGACAUCAACUGCUCGUGCAAGACCCUGGAGGUGCGAAACUGGCUGCAGGAGCGUCACGUGUACAUGGAGCAUCCCGUGGUCUGCAGCCACCCGGUGGAGGUCAAGGGAAAGUCCUGGUUGCAACUGAAGCAGUCGGAUAUCUGCCAGAAGGAGACCAGCGGAUGGUUCACCCCGGAGGCCGACGAGAACGAGCUGAUGAUGGGUGACCAGCCGGCGGCCGCCUCGGGGGAGCACGACGAGGAGGAGGAGGAGCUGGGCAAGGACUUCCUGCCCCUUGAUGGGAAGACUAAGACCCAGGUCAAGGCCAAGAAAGUGGCUCGUUCCCCACAGGAGCCGCUGCCCGGUGAUGAAGUUGAAGGCUCUGGCGAUCUGAGCGAGACCAACAUGGAACUCACCCUGCCCGAGGAGUCAGCCGUGGCAGUGCCUCUUGCCGACACCACCGCAGAGCCAAUUGUGGAGAAGAUUGUGAACGACGAGGAGGAAGAGGAAGAAGACAAUGAGGGCUCCGGCAGUGGUGGCGGAAUUCUCAUCAUGCCAGCCCUCGCCCAGAUCCCCAUCAGCUCGGACGACAUCGACGAUGAACAAGAGAAGGGCCAUGCCGACCAUAACGAUAACGAAAUCGACAACCAGCCCCUGGAGACGCCCAGUCCGGACAUCUUCAAGAACUCGGGCAUCGGCAUCUUCGAGGGGUCGGAGGGCGAGCAGCCAGUCCAGGAGGAAGUGAUUGUGCCAGUGGUGCAGACCAAGCUGGACACGUCGGACGUGGUCACUGACGGACCCAUCGACAGCAGCGAGGAGAAAGAGGACCUUCUGACUGCCAAAGUGAAGGACGACAGCAGCGCCAUCUACUAUCUGCUGGCCGUGAUCGGCCUGGUUGUGGUUGGCCUGAUCCUCUUUGUGGCCAUUAAGCGCUGCAAGUACGACAGCAAUGCGGCUGCCCGCGAUGCAGAGGCUCAGCGCCAGACGGAGCUCCUCGACAUGGACAAGAAGAACCUGGGCAAGCCCCUGACCAAGAACGGGCAUGGCCUCGAGCACUCGCCGCUCAUCGGCGAGAAGACCAAGCUGGACGAGGCGCAGAUAGUCAAUGGCUCGAAGAAGCCCUACGACAGCAGCGACGCCAAGGACGGAGCCAACCAACAGCCGCUCCUCAACGGCAACGGCUCGGCCAAUGGUGGCGCCAAGGAAGUGCCCAGCAUCAAUGAGCCUGCCGCGCACGAGUACUACCCCAUCACACCCCGCUACCCCACUCCCCAGUCACCGCGUGCCUCCAAAUACGCCCAGCAUCCGCAGGGCAGCAGCGGAUCCCCCGACGAGCAGAACAACAACGAGCCGGAUAGCGCCUACCUGCCCUCGUCACCCAAAUCGGGCCGCUACUCUCCCGUCUACUCGCCCGAAACGGGUCGCGUCAAGAUCAAGCUGACGGAGACGCCCAAGCCCAAGACGCCGAUGCUGGUGACACGCAGCAAGUCAAAUGCCGGCGACAUCAUCAGCACCCCUGUGCGAGCCGUCGUACCCACACAUCAGGUGCAGCUCACCGUCAACGGCAACGGAAACGGCAACGGUGUGGGACACUGAGGGUUUCGCCAGGAGCCAGAGCCAGCCAUCGACUCUCGACACAGCCCUACAACUAACCCGACAGUCCCAUUGAUGGGAACCACAGAUUUGUUUCGAGCUGGAGUGGCUGGAGUGGCACCGAUACUCGUACCGGGCUGCCACAUGCCAGUGGCACGGAGCGGUGCUUUCACCACCAACCAAUCUACACUUCAGAGAACGGCAACAGAAACAACAGAAAAACUAUUCGAUUUAAGGCCCCGCUCCCCUCUUAAAUGUAACCAGAAGAAGUAGUGCUAGCCAUAAGUAAAUUAAUUAAUUAAUUAAGCAUAAAUCUAGUUUAAUACCAAAGUUAAACGAUAUAUAUUUAAUGUAUGUAAAUUGCUACCUAAAAGCGAGAUCUACGGAAACAGAACAUCUUCGACACGAAACGUUUCGGCAUCAGCAUGUGAUGUACACGCCCCAUACUGUACUUUUAUAUCUACAAAACAAACCCCUAUACAAUUAUUGUAAAAUACUUAAGCUUCCUUCUCUUGUGAAAUUAUAAUGUGUUAAUUCAUUAAAUGUGA